CGGGUCAGAAAAAUUUUAGAAAUGCUGUUAAAAGUUCGAUGAUGCCUCUGAAAAGUUUUAGUACUUAUCAAGGACCAGCCAAGUAUAAUUGGGAGGACCCUCUUUCUUUAGAAGAGCAGCUGACCGAAGAAGAAAGCUCCAUUAAGAAUAUGACUCGACAGUAUUGUCAAGAUAAGCUUUUUCCACGGAUUUUGGAGGCAUAUCGUCUAGAGCGAUUCGAUCGAGAAAUUAUUAACGAAAUGGGAGAGUUGGGUUUAUUAGGAUCCACCAUCGAAGGAUAUGGUUGUUCUGGUGUUUCUUCGGUUGCAUAUGGUCUCAUCGCUCGCGAAGUGGAAAGGGUAGAUAGUGGUUAUCGGUCUGCCUUAAGCGUGCAAUCGUCACUUGUUAUGCAUCCUAUAUAUGCUUAUGGUACUGAGGCGCAAAAGAAAAAAUACUUGCCUAAGUUGGCAAAAGGUGAAAUUAUCGGCGCAUUUGGGUUAACCGAACCUAAUCAUGGUUCCGAUCCUGGCAGCAUGCAAACUUUUUCUCAUGAAAGAAAUGGCGUUUAUAUUCUAAACGGCUCGAAGACUUGGAUUACAAAUUCUCCUAUAGCUGAUAUUCUUAUUGUUUGGGCAAAAUCCAAAGAAGAUAAUAAAAUUAGAGGAUACAUUUUAGAAAAGGGUAUGAAAGGGCUAUGGACUCCUCCAAUCAAAGGCAAGUUAUCGUUACGGGCUUCCGUCACAGGAAUGAUUAUGAUGGAUAACGUGGAGGUUCCCAAAGAGAAUUUGCUUCCAAAUGUGGAAGGUCUAAAGGGACCCUUUGGCUGCCUCAAUAACGCGCGUUAUGGAAUUGCCUGGGGAGUUCUUGGGGCAUCGGAAUUCUGUUUAGCACAAGCUCGUGAUUAUGCCCUUAACCGUGAACAAUUUGGUGUACCGUUGGCAAGAUUUCAGUUGAUUCAAAAGAAGUUCGCCGACGCAAAUACUGAGAUAGCACUUGGCCUUCAAGCCUGUCUUCGAGUGGGAAGACUGAAAGAUGAAGGUAAAGUAGCACCGGAAAUGGUUUCACUCAUAAAGCGUAAUUCCUGUGGUAAAGCAAUUGAAAUUGCACGUUCCAUGAGAGAAAUUCUGGGCGGUAACGGUAUAAGUGACGAAUAUCAUAUUAUAAGACAUGAACAAAAUUUGGCUACAACGAAUACUUACGAAGGCACACAUGAUAUUCACGCGCUUAUACUAGGAAGAGCUAUCACUGGCCAUCAAGCGUUCACUGCGUCUUAA